UAUAGAGAGCAGCAGCAUAUCUUUAAGUCUUUCAGAUAUUAAUUCCUUAAAUUUGCUCGCCUUUAUAUGCGACCUCUAUUACACAUAUAUGUACUACUUACUUAUGUAGACGUGGCGCUAUAAAGUAUAGGUUAAAUGUUUAUAGUUUAUGGUGGAUUGACAGUGUUUUGCAAUUUGUAGUUUAGUUAUCUUUGGAUGGCAGUAUUUUUAAGUUGCGUAGUGCCAAAGUCACUACAAAUAUGAGUGGUGCAUCACGUAAAGUGAAAAAUCCAUUAUUAUCAGCAGCUGGUGAAGGCUUUCCGUUUGAAAAUUAUACUGAAAAUGCAUUUUUGGUGCCUGUUACGCCUGCGACACCUGCGGUAUUCCGCGAUGUACCCGAGAUAGAUAAGGUGACUGUAUUAGCUGUAUCUGGUGCAACAUUAUCAGACGCUGAAUCGAACAACUUCGUUGAACAGGAGCCGACCAAUUUGCGUAAUUCAGAAAGUUUAACGGCUGUGCCCGACACGGAUAGCGAAUUCACGCCGAUACCCUUGCAUCCCGAGGAGAACAAGAAUCCAACGAGCCAGCCGACGAAGCAGGGUUACCUGACUUCGAUCCUUUCCUCUUUGCCGAAUUUAUCUUUGUCGUCGAUCACAGGCGACGGGUCUCAGCCGAAUCAGGGAGCGGAGAACGUAACCGGUGUACAAAAUACGAAGCCUCCUGUGCCUUUGCACGAUCGUCGCGACUCGUUGAGGGACACAUCACCGCCCGUAAUCGCCAAUUUUCACGAUUCUCGACGCGCAAAUUUUACGGGAUUCGUCGAGGUUAAUCCCGGAAGUGGUGGAAGCUUGCUGCCAGCCCCGCCACAGUCGACGGUGCCGCCUACGCUUCCUUCCACGACGAAUGGUCCCAUAUCGUAUCGUUUGGGCAAUCAGAGACGCCUCAAGUACGCGCCACCGCCCGAUUUAACGUCGAACGCAUCCAAACAAUAUUCCGCCCCCGUGACUCAACCCCUUCUCGCGGCCCAUAACUCGGUCGCAACACCGAGUAUAUUUAAUCCAAACGAGUCCGUUGGAACGAUCCCAACUUGCCAACCCAUCGUUGAGCCAUCGAUUUCUACGAAUUCACCCUCUUUACAACUUUCCACGCCAGAGUACUUAUCCCAGGCUAACUCUUUGCAAGAGUCCUUUAGAUCUAGUCCAGUCGCGAUAUCCGGCGCUGCUUAUAACUCGACAGCCACAUCGAGAAGCGUCACGCCUCAGAAUCAAAAUUCGAAUUUAGGUGUUCCCGCUUCCACCGCUCAACCGAUUCCUCGCCAAGUUGCAGAGCCAACCACGCCGCAGAAUACCCCCGCCAACGUUAAUUAUUUCGGCUACGAUACUUACGGGGGGCAACGAGAUUUCCCCCCGAGAACGGUCGAGAGCUCGGAGAAAGGAGCAGCGGCGGGGAAGAAUAGGAUAGAGGCAGCGUUGCAGAUCCCGAAAGAGGAGAGCGAAGUGAAAUCUGGCGUCGAGGCGAAGCCUAGCGUAACCUUCGCCCCGGUGUCCGCGGUUCAAGUUACGGAAAAGUUGGAACACUUGCUCGCCGAGCGCGAAGAAGUAGACCCGUCUCGUCUUCCCUGUGACGAAACGUCAACGAAAGUCGAGGAUGUGAGCGUGACGGAGCCGGUUGCGAAUUAUGACGAUGCAAAGUUGACCGGCGUCGAGGGGCACAACGAUUUAUCGAGCAAUGUGUUUUCAAGAAAAGAGGGUUCAGAGAUAACGCAUUCGACGAUAAUAACUUGUCAAGAAGCGAACGCACAACAACAAGGAAAGUUCAAUGGAACGCAGAGUCGCGGUGUAUCGUCGAACGUGCGAUCCGCGCAACAACAAUAUUAUCAGCCGCAACCUUUCCUCCCAUCGAGUGCCGGCUUUUUUGCGGAAGUGCCAGAUCAUCGGAGAUCAUCGAAUCUGACUUACAACCUUCCUGCAGCCGAGGCUUCGCCAUCCACCAGUUAUAAUACCGAUCCUUCGAAGAUCGUCACCCAAUCGGCGAGCUCGUUCUUCAACAAGCCGGAGAGUAACGUCUCGUUUCCCGUUUUCCAGUACAAAGAAAAUACAGCGAAUGCCCGCGAAUUAGGCGUGGCUAAUUCGAGAAACGAUUCGCAACAAGCGGCGUGCAACAGCCCGAUCGAUCCCACGUUCGUCGAUCCUCAAGUACCUCGAUCCUCGUGGGAUAUCAAUCGAAUCUCGGAGAGUGUGAUCGCAACAUGUAACCCGGCUGCCCAGUCGGCCCAACAACCUUUGUUCUACGAUCCCGCCCAAUUCCAAGACGAACUGCCGAAACAAAUACCGACGUACACGCCGCCACCGGCGACGAGUCUAACCACGAGUUAUUUCGAUAAUUUUGCUGGAUCGACGCAAGCGACCGAUAUAACGAGCGGGAUCGGGAAUUUUGAAUUUCCACCCGCGCCUUCUAUGACCGUACUCGAGCCCACGGGUUCGGCUACGUUAAAUCCUGUCCAGAUGUCAAUUAAUCCGCUGAGCGGACGCGCCGUAACGGACGGUGUGCCUCCAAGUUUUCAGAAUUUGGCCGCCGGUUCCUCGGAUAAACGCAUGCAGUACAGAGGAGUGUAUCACCAUUGGUUUUAUCGCAAAAAAGUGGAGCACAAAGUGUUAUGGGUUCCGUUCUCUAUGCAAGACAGUUUACGCCUAGAGGGGGUUCAUAAUUCCACAGAAAUUACCCCUGAAACGACGGUGGCCACCGAUGGAGGUCGUUACGACGUUGACAUUUUACGACGUCAGAGAUCUCCCGUUUAUUGGAGCGGAGAAUCGACGGAAGUGAGGCGAUGCUCGUGGUUCUUCAAAGGACCUACUGAAUCGAGAUACGUUCCUUACGACGAGAAUACCGCUUGUAAACUCGAGGAAGAGUAUAAACAAGCGUGUCUGCUCAACAAUUGGAAUCGAAGGAUCGAUUUGAACAAUGGGGAAUAUAUUAUCUUCCAUAGUGCCUCUGUUCAGGUUCACUACUUGACGGCUGCUUCACCGGAAUUGGCUGCGUCAUGGGGAAAUAGUGCGGGCUCAGAGGACAGUACAUAUUUACAGGGUGCUGGUAGUAGGCCUAGGGUGAUAAAAAGGGGUCUUGACGAGUUCCACAUCGAAGAUGGCGAACCCGAGAAAAUAGAUCAUGUUCUGUUCCUCGUCCACGGCAUUGGUAGCGUCUGCGAUUUGAAAUUCCGAACUGUGGAAGAAGUCGUUGACGAAUUUCGAAGUAUUUCAUUGCAACUGGUACAAUCUCAUUAUCGAACCGCCAGUGAGCAGAGAAUUGUAAAUAGGAUAGAAGUUUUACCAAUCUCGUGGCAUACAACGCUCCAUUCCGACACUGGAAUCGAUAAGAAGUUACAAGCUAUCACCUUGGAUAGUAUAUCGAAAUUACGACACUUCACCAACGACACGUUGCUCGACAUACUUUUUUAUACCAGUCCAGUGUAUUGUCAAACUAUUAUCACAACGGUUGGAAAUGAAUUGAACAGGCUGUAUGCUCUUUUCAAGAAACGAAAUCCAGAUUUCGAGGGUGGAAUUUACCUUGGCGGCCAUUCUUUGGGUAGCUUAAUUUUGUUUGAUCUUCUGUGUCAUCAGAAACCAUUGUCGGAUGAUAAACCGAGUGAGAAUGAUAGCGAAUCUAACGAGGAACAGAAACAAGAAGAUGUCGAUUCUUCUGAACUACCCAAUAGUGUCUUAAAACGACGUCUCAGUAAAAAAAUAAGCUACGUAGUAGGCGCUGCUGGGACUGGUCAGCCUUACAUACAUUACACGCAAUUACAUUUUCACCCACGUGCCUUUUUCGCUUUCGGUAGCCCGAUUGGUAUGUUCGUGACAGUUCGAGGCAUCGAUAUGCUGGGAGAAGACUUUGCAUUGCCAACGUGUCCUGCUUUUUUCAAUAUAUUCCAUCCCUUCGAUCCUGUAGCUUACAGGAUCGAGGCGCUCAUUAACCCAGAUGCUCCUAAAUAUCGACCAAUGUUGAUCCCUCACCACAAAGGACGGAAAAGAAUGCAUUUGGAAUUAAAAGAAACAAUGGCACGCGUCGGUGCGGAUCUGAAGCAGAAGUUACUCGAUUCCGUGAGAAAUACAUGGAACUCUGUUUAUCAAUUGGCGCUGUUUCACAAACCGGAUAACAGUACGCUCGAGCGUGAAAUUGAUAAAGUUAUGGAAGAACAGUUGCAUCAAACCGUUCCGGAACAUCAAGCUAACGACGACGCCGGUGUUGAACUUAAAGUGGGCAAAUUGAAUAAUGGACGAAGAAUAGAUUACGUUCUUCAGGAAGCUCCGUUCGAAUACAUUAACGAGUAUAUUUUUGCUUUGACGAGUCACGUUUGUUAUUGGGAGUCCGAGGACACCAUGCUGUUGAUUUUAAAGGAAAUAUACGGCUCAACUGGUAUUCAAACAGAUGCUCAACUUCCAGCGUUAUCGUUGCAAGUUUGUCCCACGCCAAAUUCUUCUACAGUGUAUGAGACGGAUGGACUACUACAUAAUCCUAUUAUGGGAAUAGAUCCUACCGCACCUAUAUCCGAGAAACUUGUUGGUCCGCCGCCUAAAAGUGGAUUUGUUAAAAAAUCAUGAUCGAAAUGGAAUCAUUUUAACUUGCUUGAAAAGUUUCACGACAAUGAAGGACAAAAUAUUGUUACGAAUCAUAUAAUUGCUGCCGAUCAGGUUGAUGCGGGCAUUGUACCUGAUGUUAACGCGAGUUACAAAUUUUAAUUAUUGAAAAUUAAAUUUUCUUGUUUCCUGCAAGAGUUGCAUCCGGGAUUGUUAUCGAAUCUGCCGAAAUAUUCUAAAAUAAUACCCAAGUGGAUUGUUUCUUCGUAUCUUCUCAAAUUCACCAUUUAGAUACGUCGGCCUACGCAACAACGUUCAAACACUGAAAAAGUAAUUAAAAAAAAUUAUUAGGAAAAAGAAAAAAAUAAUAAUUAAAAUAAAUUGUAACAAUUUAAUCCUUAGAUGUGAUAUAAAAAUUAUACAUAGUCGACCUAUUGAUAUUCGUCAUUUCGGCAAAUUAAAAAUAUUGUAACAUUCAUUAAAAAUUUAGGGAUAUUGAUAUUGGAUAAGCGAACGAAAGUGAGAAUUUGUAAUACGAAAAAAUAUGUUAUAAAGAUUAUUCAUAUUGUUUAUUGUAAAUAUACAUGAUUAUAUAAGUGGAUAUAAAGUAAAUAUAUAGACUAUAUGAAGUUUUUCAAAAUAUGCUUGCAUUUUAUGAGAAUUCAUUCGAUUCUCAUCGAUGCAAGAAUUUUAAUAAAAAAAAAAACCCUAUUCUUUUA